UUCAGCGAGGCACCUACGAACAACCGCCAGUUAUGGAAAUGCGGCAGCACAGGGGUAAUACCCCUAUCAAAACGGGGACUACCGGGACGAUAGCCAGCGCCCCAGGGAGUCGCGGCGGCAUAGGAGACGAAAAACCGAGGGCUAAGUUGUCCCGUCGGCUGCAGGCUUUCUUUGUGCUCGGCGCCCUGAUUUUGGGGUACGACGUGAGCAACGUGGCAAGCAUCCAGGCGUCCAUUUACUCGGAGUUCGGGCACGUCGAGCUCCUCCCCUGGGUCGCCAUCGCCUACACGGCAGUUAACGUAUGCGUCGCCCCGCUAUGUAGGCGGCUUUCCAACUUCGGCAAUAUGAGAAUCCAUUUCUACGUUUACACCUUCUUUUUCGCCCUCGGCCCGGCCCUUUCGGGCGCCGCUAAUAACAUGAAUACUGUGAUCAUUGGCCGAGCCAUUACCGGCGUCGGUGGUGCGGGGCUCUACCAUGGGAUUAUGCUGUACAACUUCGUCUUCUCUACUACUGCCGCCGAAGCCUCAAGGUUUCAGGCCUUAAUCGGCGGGAGCUUCGCCACCGGCCUACUUUUAGGUCCCAUUGUUGGCGGCAGCUUUGCACGUAACCAGAACGCGACAUGGCGAUGGGCCUUUUACAUCAACAUUCCCUUUAUUGCCCUCUUCCUUCUCGGGUGGAGAAAAUUCCUCCCGAAAUUGGUAAUGCCACGGCCUUCGGCCCGGUGGGGCAACGUUGACUGGGUCGGCUGGGUCCUGCACACGGCUUUUUUCAUCAUGGCCUGCUCCAGUCUUAUCUACUCGGGCUCGCGCUGGGCUUGGAGCUCGACCCCGGCCAUCCUGUCCUGGGUCUUCACGGGCCUCAUCCUGAUUGCGUACGCGCUGCAACAGACCCUAUGCAUCUGGACGACGUCCGAGGACCGCAUCUUUCCGCUGGAUGCUCUCUGGUGCGACCUCCGCCUCGUCGGGCUCGUCGCGCUCUCCACUACUAUGUCGACCGCGGCCUACGGCAUCUGCCUCUACUACACGCCGCUCUUUUUUGCCUUCGCCAAGGGCUCCGACCCGGUCCGGUCGGCCGUUGACCUGAUGUCCUACAUCGGCCCCUUCGUCGGCAUCCUCCUGGUUUCAUUGUUUGGGCUGCCGCACCUGGGCUUGUACAAGCCGCUUUACAUUUUCGGCGGCGCCAUGAUCCUCGUGGGCGCCGCGCUGCAGAGCCGUGUCGUGGCCGAGGACGCGACCUCGCUCGUCAUGGGCCGGCUCGCCGUCAUCGGCACGGGCGUCGGCACCGUGUUUCAGACUGGCGCCAGCGUAUUUAAGGCCCGGGCCGGCGCCAACCCUGUCUUGGAGGCGAACCUUAUCACCAUCUUUUUAGUCUCGCAGCUCGGCGGCGUUGCGCUUUUUACGUCGGUCGGCGGCUGCAUCUUCCAAAACGUCGGAUUCCGGUACGUGCGCGAUGCCAUCCUAAGCGGGCCCGGUGGCGACGCCCUGAAGGAGAGCUUGAAGGAUGAGGACAUCCGCCAGGCACUGGCCGGCCUGGAGUCCUCAAUCUUGCGCGGAGCUGAUAGUGAUAUGGCGCGCCGUUUGGUCGAAGCCGUCACGAAGGUUAUUGGACAGAUGUAUUACAUAGUUAUUGCGGCGGGUGCCGUCAUCUUUCUCUGUGGGUGCGGUAUGAGGUGGGAGAAGCUGAACUUCAAGGACAUAGCGGAGAGGACGCAGGGGAUAGAGUCUCCUAGUGAUUCGGACAGGCGGUAAUUGCACAAUUACACAAAGGGCUUGCUUGAAUUGUAGCAACAAGUUAGUGCACCCCCUGUCCGGCCACUCCGACAGUCCAGCCACCCAAAAUGAAUCGGAUCGAGAUGGGACCAGCGCAUUCAACUGGAAGUUUCUAGGGCAGUUCAACUAGCUAGAAUACGUGAAAGGACUGAUUCCC